AUGUUACUCACUUUUGUCUUCACCCUUUACUAGAAACACAGAUUAUAUUUAAACAAUCACAUAUACUUUUUGUAAAUAGUUUUAGGUGAAGAAUAAAGAAUCAAGAAUCAAGAAUCAAAAAUCAUGCCUCAGUUGAAGCAAAUUAGAGACCCCGAGGAAAAGCAUAUGAUUUCAAAGAGAAGAAAUGGAAGAAGAAAAGGGAAAGGAAAACUGUUGGAAAGAACGCCAUUGAUGUUGCAAGAUUCAACGGCUGAGAUUUCUUCUGAAAAGAAGCUCAUGUUUCAUCGAAGACCUGGUUUUGGUCAACUGGGUACUAAGUGUGUGGUCAAAGCAAACCAUUUUCUAGCUGAUUUGGUUGAUAAGGAUUUAACCCAAUACAGUGUUAAGAUGAUUCCAGAAGUGAACUCUACUAAAUUAAACAAAGCUAUUAUGAGUCAACUGGUCAAAGUCCAUAGACACAAAGAUUUGGGGAUGAAGCUUCCUGUUUAUGAUGGAAGAAGAGCUCUUUACACAGCUGGAAAACUUCCAUUUAUAUCAAAAGAAUUCACAGUUACAAUUAUGGAUGACUUGGAUUGGAUUGGCAUUACAAAGGAAAGGGAAUUUACAGUGACUAUUGAGAUUGUUGCUCAUGCAAGUAUGUGUCAAUUACGUGAGCUUUUAUCUGGAAAACAAGUUGAGUCUCCUCUAGAGGCACUCAAGAUUGUUGACCUUGUUUUAAAAGAACUUACAGCUCAAAGGUACAUAUCAGUUGGGAGAUUUUUCUAUUCUCCUAAUAUUACAAAUCCAAAGUCAAUAGGAUGUGGAUUACAAUCAUGGAGAGGCUUCUACCAGAGUAUAAAACCAACUCAAAUGGGAUUGUCACUAAAUAUUGACACAUUGGCUACUACAUUUAUAGAACCACUCCCUGUAAUAGAGUUUGUAGCUCAAAUUUUGGGGAAACAAGUCUACACAAAGCAAAUUUCUGAUGCUGAUAGGAUAAAGAUAAAGAAAGCUCUUAGAGGUGUGAAAGUUGAAGUUACACAUAGAGGGAAUGUAAGAAGGAAAUAUCGCAUAUCAGGGGUGACAUCACAGCCAACAAGGGAGCUAAUGUUUCCUGUUGAUGAGGAAAGGAAUAUGAAAUCAGUUGUUGAUUAUUUUCGUGAAGUUUAUGGAUUCACAAUACAACAUCCCCACCUACCUUGCCUUCAAGUAGGGAAUCAGAAAAAAGUAAAUUACAUGCCCAUGGAGGCUUGCAAGAUCGUUGAGGGACAAAGACGCACAAAAGGACUCAACAAUAAGCAGAUAACUUCUUUGUUAAAAUUUUCAUGCCAGAGGCCUAAGGAACAAGAAAAGGAAAUCCUACAGACAAUGCAUCAAAGUUGCUUUAAGGAAGAUCCUUAUCUAAAGGAAUUUGGCAUCAGCAUUGACGACAAACUUACAUCAGUUGAUGCUCGAGUUCUUCCGGCUCCAUGGUUGAAGUACCACGACAGUGGAAAACAGAAGGAAGUUUUACCUCAAAUGGGACAAUGGAACAUGAAAGAUAAGAAAGUUAUAAAUGGAAGUGUUGUUAACUACUGGGCUUGUAUCAACUUCUCAAGAACUGUUCCAGAUAGUGCUGCUCAAAGCUUUUGUCAUCAAUUGGUCCAAAUGUGCCAAGAAUCUGGCAUGGAAUUUAAAAGUGACAGCGUGGUUCCAGUCUACUCUGCAAGACCAGAUCAGGUCAAAAAGGCAUUAAAGCAUGUGUAUACAGCUACUGUAAAUAAACUCGGAGGAAAAGAGUUGGAAUUGCUUAUUGCCAUUCUUCCUGACAACAAUGGCAGCUUAUAUGGUGAUGUGAAGCGGAUAUGUGAAACAGAUCUCGGGUUGAUUUCACAAUGUUGUCUUACAAAAUAUGUUCUAAAGAUCAGCAAACAGUAUCUCUCAAACGUCUCCCUAAAAAUCAAUGUCAAGCUGGGUGGAAGGAAUACUGUGCUGUUGGAUGCUUUAAGAUGGAAGGUCCCUCUUGUUAGUGAUAUCCCAACCAUAAUUUUUGGAGCUGAUGUCACUCAUCCAGAGUCUGGAGAGGAUAGCAACCCAUCAAUUGCUGCGGUUGUUGCUUCACAAGACUGGCCAGAAGUUACAAAAUAUGCUGGGCUUGUAAGUGCUCAACCUCACAGGCAAGAACUUAUCCAGGACCUGUAUAAAACCUGGCAAGAUCCUCAACGUGGAAAAGUCAACGGAGGCAUGAUCAGGGAGCUUUUACUGUCUUUUGAGAAGGCGACAGGGAAAAAACCAUUGAGGAUCAUAUUCUACAGGGAUGGAGUAAGUGAUGGGCAGUUCUAUCAGGUCCUACUCUAUGAGCUUGAUGCAAUUCGCAAGGCUUGUGCUUCUCUUGAACCCAAUUACCAACCUCCAGUCACAUUCAUUGUUGUCCAAAAACGCCACCACACACGCCUCUUUCCCAACAACCACAAUGACAGAAAAAGCACCGACAAAAGUGGCAACAUCUUACCUGGUACUGUUGUGGACACAAAGAUUUGUCAUCCAGUUGAGUUCGACUUCUAUCUUUGCAGUCAUGCAGGAAUCCAAGGAACUAGCAGGCCAGCUCAUUAUCAUGUUCUAUGGGAUGAGAACAAUUUCACUGCUGAUGAAAUUCAAUCUUUAACAAAUAAUCUUUGUUACACCUAUGCGAGGUGCACACGAUCGGUGUCUGUAGUGCCACCAGCAUAUUAUGCUCAUCUGGCUGCGUAUCGAGCUCGUUUCUAUAUGGAACCGGAGGUGCACCAUGAAAAUGGAUCUGCACACAGCAUGUGCAUGGUAAAAAGUGCGGGUGUUCGUCCCCUUCCUGCAUUGAAAGAUAAGCAAUUUUCACGAGUUCUACUUAAGGAGAGAUAUGGAGGGAAAGUGAGGGAUGACGAAGGAAAAUCAUGUUUCCGAAUUCCACUAAUGGAAGGGAAAGUGAGGGAUGACGAGGGAAAAUAA